GGGGUAGAGCUUGGCAGGAACUCCUGGAAUUGCUGUUACCACCUUUUCUAUUCCAAGAUAAAAGCCACCACCUGGGCAGUGGUACAGGAGGGGCUCUCCACUCAGGAGGAUGUCCUGCAGGCUGCCCUGGGAACCAUAGGAAAGAUGUGAAGCUUGCCAGGAGCACUAAGGAUAGCCACCCUUAUGAAGCAGUGGAGACCUCUGCUACUAGGAAGUGUUCUUAAGACCCGCAUCCGUGAACACAUGGAAAGCACCGGACAUCUCACCCCCUGCAGGGACCACUGGUUCUGCAGAGCUGAUGGCUGGCAGCAGAUACUUUGGAGAACAAGAAGGAAACAAGGGUCCUGGACAGGAUCUAGGGGAAAAAAAGGCCAUCAGGGAAUAGGAUUUUGGGUGGUGGAUGCUGAUUCAGUCCUGGGUUAUGAGGAUGCUUUUGUGUCCAGGAAGCAGUUGUGCUCAGAAACAGAGAAGUAUUGGGCCUGAACCCUGUGCCUGAGCCAGGGCUGCCAAGUUUCUGGCACCGAGAUUCCAUCUAGCAUCUCCUCCUCCAUGAAGAGUCCAGUGUUGACCAGGAAUUGCCUCAGCAUGUGCGGCAGGUUGCUGUGGCGGCUGCUGGCUGAGGAGGCCAGGUACUCCACCCCGGUGGGGCGCCUCCUGCUUCCUGUGCUCCUGGGAUUCCGCCUCGUGCUGCUGGCUGCCAGUGGGCCUGGCAUCUACGGCGACGAACAGAGUGAAUUCGUGUGCCACACCCAGCAGGCUGGCUGCAAGGCCGCCUGCUUCGACGCCCUCCAUCCCCUCUCCCCGCUCCGCUUCUGGACCUUGCAGGUCAUGUUGGUGGCUGUUCCCAGUGCCCUCUACAUGGGUUUCACCCUGUAUCAUGUGAUCUGGCACUGGGAAGAAUCGGAAAAGGUGAAGAAAGAGGAGGAGACCCUGCCCCAUGAAGGGCAGAGCAGCAGAGAUGCCCCAGGGGCUCAAAGCCCCCUGCUGCUCUGGGCCUACGUGGCACAGCUCGGGGCUCGACUGGCCCUGGAAGGGGCAGCCCUGGGAGGGCAGUAUCAUCUGUAUGGUUUUCAGGUGCCCAGCUCCUUUGCAUGUCGUCGAGAGCCUUGCCUGGGUAGUAUAACCUGUAAUCUGUCCCGCCCCUCUGAGAAGACCGUGUUCCUGAAGACCAUGUUUGGGGUCAGUGGGUUCUGUCUCCUGUUUACUCUUUUGGAGCUUGUGCUUCUGGGUUUGACGAGAUGGUGGGAAACCCAGAAGCACAACACUUCUUCCUCUAACUACUGCCCAACUUCAGAGAGCACUAGAAGAUGCAAGGAACCAACUGGUAACUUUCCAGUGGUGGAAACAAAAGAGCAGUUUCGAGAAGCAGAGUUAUGAAGACACCUGAUUUGCCUGAAGGAAACCCUAUGAUUGGAUCUUCUUCCCAACAUCCAUUGAGUGAGGAUUCAUGUCCAUGACAAAUUAGAGGCUGUUGAAGGAUCUCUAAGGGCCAUGGUGGGCCCUGCUGUCUGAAGCAUUUCCUUGAAGAGUUCCUCAUUGUGCCCUCUUACACAGAUUCUCUGGUGUCAGCAUCCCAACUUUCAUGGGCUCAAUUUAACAGUCAGAAGCCUCCAUAAACAAUGAUUCUCCCUUGCCUUGCUCAAUAAAUAUUGACGACUUCAUUGGCAUUCUUGUUGCUGAAGA